AUGCGCAUGCGCGUAAAAAUAAGCUUCGUUAUUGUUAAAAGCACGCGCGAAACCGCCCGGCAGAAAGCGGGGAGCGUUAAAUGCACGGGCGAAACCGCCCGGCAAAAAAAGGAGGAAAGGGGCGCUGGCAGCCAGCCGGGCACGGACCCCCCCCGAGGAUAUGCCGGCGAAUUACCGGUAUUGCGGCCAAAGCAUAACGGCAAAGUUAAAAAAUAA